CAAGAUCCCCCACUUGAAUGCUCUUAUGACUGUCUCUGUUCCCCCUGUAGGAGGACACGCCCGACCUAAGGCUGGCAUGGGGCCUCCGCAGGCGCUCCUGCGCGGCGGCUCCGGCGCUCCCGCGGAGGCCGAGGCGUCGGGCCGCGCCGGGCCCGCGCUGUGCGCCCUCGAAGCUGCGGCGGCCGCCCUGCGGCUCCGGCUGGCGGCGGCGCUGCCUGGCGAGCCGCUGCUGUGGGAGGACUUCUGGACCGCCGCGAGCCUGCUGGGCGCCUUUCGCCGCUUCGAGCCCGCGCUCACGCUGCUGCUCGCGAUCGAGCCGUUCCUUGCGCGCUGCGGCUGGAUCGCGCUGGACAGGCCCCGCUCGCGAGACCCGGUCGGCGGAUUUGUGUGUCCCUGGGCCCCUUCAACAACGCGCAGCUCGAGAAAAUGGAGACGGCAGGUUCUCAAGGGUCCGCCGCUCGUCGUAGCCGCCGUUCGCCGCCGCCGCUCGUGGCCGCGGCUCGCCGCCGCCGCCGCUCGCAGAGCCGC